AUGAACCAGGCCAGGCCUCGCUAUGUCAUCGAGCGUCCUGCCUACUCGGUCAGCCUCUUCGAUGAGGAGUUUGAGAAGAAAAGCAGAAGUUACCCCAUUGGGGAGAAGCUGAAAAACCACUUCAGGUGUUCAGCUUCCAGAUUCAAGCUCACCCUCUUCAGCCUGUUCCCAAUCCUGGUGUGGCUUCCCAAGUACAAAAUCAAGGACUACAUUUUGCCUGAUGUCCUCGGCGGGCUCAGCGCGGGCACCAUCCAAGUGCCACAAGGGAUGGCCUUUGCACUGCUGGCCAAUCUGCCUCCUGUCAAUGGGCUCUACUCCUCCUUCUUCCCCGUGGUGAUCUACCUCUUCCUGGGUGGGAUCCACCAGAUGGUCCCAGGCACUUUUGCAGUCAUCAGCAUUAUUGUUGGCAACGUCUGCAAUGAGCUGGCUCCAGAGUCAGACUUCCAGUACUUCAACCACACCACCAACGAGACCAGUGUGAACACCACGGCCAUGGAAGCUGCCAGGCUGGAGAUCUCUGCCACCUUAGCCUGCCUGACAGCCAUCAUACAACUGUGCCUGGGAUUCGUGCAGUUUGGCUUUGUUGCUAUCUACCUCUCAGAGUCUUUCAUCAGGGGCUUCAUGACAGCAGCAGGGCUGCAGAUCCUCAUCUCCGUGCUCAAGUACGUCUUCGGCUUGACAGUCCCAUCUUACACCGGGCCCCUAGCUAUCGUCUAUACAUUCAUUGAUAUUUGCAAAGGUCUGCCCCAAACCAACGUGGCCUCCUUGGUCUAUGCCUUGGUCAGUGCUGUGCUCCUGGUGAUUGUCAAGGAGCUCAACUUAAAGUACAUGAAAAGGAUCCGGAUGCCCAUCCCCAUGGAGAUCAUCAUCGUCAUCGUUGCCACUGCGAUCUCUGGCAGCUUCAGCAUGCCUGAGAAGUAUGGCAUGCCAAUAGUUGGAAAGAUCAGCAUGGGGUUCCCAGCACCCACCCUGCCCCUGGUGACCAAGUGGAAGGACAUGAUUGGCACAGCCUUCUCGCUGGCCAUCGUCAGCUACGUGAUCAACUUGGCCAUGGGGAGAACACUGGCAGCCAAGCACGGCUAUGACGUGGACCCCAACCAGGAAAUGCUGGCCCUGGGCUGCAGCAACUUCUUUGGAUCCUUCUUCAAAAUCCACGUGAUCUGCUGUGCUCUCUCCGUCACUCUUGCUGUGGAUGGGGCAGGAGGGAAGUCACAAGUGGCAAGUUUCUUUGUGGCCUUGGUGGUUAUGGUGACCAUGCUGGCUCUGGGGAUCUACCUCGAACCUCUUCCAAAGUCUGUGCUGGGCGCCCUCAUUGCAGUGAACCUGAAAAACUCCCUCAAGCAGCUGGCUGACCCCUUCUACCUGUGGAAGAAGAGCAAGCUGGACUGUCUGGUCUGGCUGGUGAGCUUCCUGUCUGCUUUCUUCCUGAGCCUUCCCUAUGGAGUCGCUGUGGGCGUGGGAUUUUCCGUGCUGGUUGUGGUUUUCCAUACCCAGUUCCGUAACGGCUCUGCCCUGGGCCAGGUGACUUCCACUGACAUCUACAAGAACCCCAAAGCCUACAGCAAGGUGCAUGAAAUUAAUGGGAUUAAAAUUGUGACCUACUGCUCACCACUCUACUUUGCCAACUCAGAGAUAUUCCGUGAGAAGAUCAUAGCCAAGACAGGAGUGGAUCCUGGCAAAGUCUACUUAGCUAGGAAGAAAUACGCGAAACGGCAGGAGAAGGGGACAGCAGCACCAGCACCACCAAAGCUGCCCAAAUUCUUCCUGAGGCAGAAUAAGACCUUGUCUUUGCAAGAGCUCCAGAAAGACUUUGAAGGCACCUCCCCAACAGAUACCAACAACAACCAGACCACUGCUAACGGUGCCAGCAUCUCCUACGUCACAUUCCGACCCCUGGGCAGCGGUGCUGGGCAGGGGCACAGCUCCAGCGAGCUGGGCAGCACCACUGCUCUGCAGGGAAGCACCUUCAGCGUCCUGCCUGCAGCAGAUGUUGACCCUGUGAUGACAGCACCACCCUACAUCAGCUUCCACACCAUCAUCCUGGACAUGAGUGGAGUGUGUUUUGUCGACCUCAUGGGCACAAAAGCACUGGGCAAGUUGUGUUCCAGUUACCAGAAGAUUGGGAUUAAAGUGUUCUUGGCAAACGUGCAGGCCCAGGUGUACAAUGACAUUAGCACAGGGGGGGGCUUUGAGGAAGGAGGCCUGGACCGAAGUCACAUCUUCCUGACAACCCACGAUGCUGUUUUGUUUGCACUGGCAAACAUCCAAGGAGUUGUCCCCCCUCCCAUCCUAGAAGAGAAGCCGAACCAGACGGAGCUCUCCAUCUAUGAGGAGUCCGUGGAUGAAAGCACUGCAGAGUUCAAGAACUUGGAGGAGGAGAUGUUUGGAAGCAUGUUCCACUCAGAGACCCAGACAGCUCUGUGA